AACAGUGGAAGGGAGGCCAGAAGGUGUGGAUGGCCAGCAGUCCUUGGAGUUUAGACCGGUGAUGAUUGAUAGAAGGUUUGACGUGUAGGAAUCGUUGCAGGGCUGGGACAGAAGUGUAGGUCUGGUGACAUCAGCAGAGGUGGGAGUCGAGGCCAUGGGAGGAAGACUUCUCCGAGGGAGCCCCCCAGGACAGGAAAGCAGAGGCCAAGGCCUGAGCAGAGGCCACUGGGAUGAAGGAGGCCAAGGGAGCAGGAAUGGAGGGCAGCAGUAGGUGGCUUAGAGCCGGGGAGGGCAGCAGAUCUGCUUCUGGCUCAGGGGGAGCCCCGAAUCAAGCCUCUGUUUGGAAAGGCCUACCUGUGACCUUCGAGAGGACAGUUAGCUUCAGUGGAGGGGACAGAGAGCGGGGUUCCAGGAUGAUGUGGGAACUGACUCCCUGUUGGGGUGGAGAGAAGGCAAGAAAUGGGGCCCUGCAGGCAUGAUGCAGACGCUGGGCCUGAGGCCUGGGGACCCGUGUCUUCCCUGCAGAGGGUGGGUCUCAGGCUGCAGGUCUGGAAGCCCCUUUGCACCUCCUCAGAGCACAGGGGAAAGGGCAGGCUCUGCACCUCCAGGAGCCCCAGGAAGCAUAGGACACCUGGGGGGACACUGGGGGCUUUGGGUGAUGUGGAGCAAAGGGUCCAGGCCAGAGUUCGCUGGCACAAGCCACCAGGCCUGGAGGUCUGGCUGGUGGGAGCCUCCCAAGGUCAAGCCGUGUAUCUCCUUCCUCUGCCACACCCAGCACAGCUGGCCCUUGUAGGCAAUUCAUAAGUGUUUGUUGAAGUGUGAAUUGCAUCUGUCUUUACCAGGUGUGGGAUGGAUGCAGCACAGGGCACAGCCAAGUGCUAUGUAAAUUAGAAAGCCCCGUCCAAAGAAGGACCCCAUCCCCUGAGCCCCCAGGGAACAGGGCAUGGCAGGGAGGGGUGGUGUCCUCCUCAAGGAAGGCUGCGGCUGUGGAGGAAGGAACGAGUCAGCACCUGACGGAAAGCGUGGCACAAGCAGGAGCGGGUGGGGACCAAGCUGGACAUCAAGACAAGUGAGCAGCCUAUUGGUGGUGACUGGAGCUCAGGUGGAGGACGUGCCUCGGGGAGGUGGAGCUGAAGCCCCCAAAGCGAUGCCCUCCUAGCCAGCCGCCGCGGGAUGGAGGGCUUCAUGGACUCAGGGACACAGACGGAUGCAGUGGUGGUGCUGUCCUUGGCGCAGGCUGCCGUGCUGGGCCUGGUCUCAGAGAAUGAGCUCUUUGGAGCCACCAUAAGCGCCGAAGCCUUCUACUCGGACCUGGGGCCGGAGCUCCCUGGGGCAGCCAUGGGGGACCCUGGGCCCACAGGCCCCGACGUCUACCAGCUGGCCUGCAACGGGCGUGCCCUGGAGGAGCCAGUGGAGGAGGAGGUGCUGGAGGUGGAGGCUGCCUUUGAGAAGCACACCCGGCGGAAGACGCGGCCUCCCGUGCGGCUGGUGCCCAAGGUCAAGUUUGAGAAGGUGGAGGAGGAGGAGCAGGACGUCUAUGAGGUGUCUGUGCCUGGCGAUGACAAAGAUGCAGGCCCUGCAGAGGCCCCUGCCGAGGUGGCCAGUGGCGGCUGCGAGGCCCUGGUGCAGAGCAGCGCCGUCAAGAUGAUCGACCUCAGCGCCUUCAGCCGUAAGCCCCGGACGCUGCGGCACCUGCCCCGUGCCCCGCGGCCAGAGCUGGACAUGGCACCCUACGACCCCCACUUCCCCGACCCGGCCCAGGAUGGCUUCCCCGAGCCCAGCAUGGCGCUGCCAGGCACAGAGGCCUUACCCACAGAGUGUGGUUUUGAGCCCCCCAACCUGGUGCCCUUGAGCGACCCCGAGGCCCCUACCAUGGAAUCCCCGGAGCCCGUGAAGCCAGAGCAGGGCUUCGUGUGGCAGGAGGCGGCGGGGGAGUUCGAGGCCGACUCAGCGGGCUCGACGGUGGAGCGUCACAAGAAGGCGCAGCUGGACCGGCUGGACAUCAACGUGCAGAUCGACGACUCCUAUCUGGUGGAGGCAGGCGACCGCCAGAAGCGCUGGCAGUGCCGCAUGUGUGAGAAGUCCUACACGUCCAAGUACAACCUGGUGACGCACAUCCUGGGCCACAACGGCAUCAAGCCGCACUCGUGCCCGCACUGCAGCAAGCUCUUCAAGCAGCCGAGCCACCUGCAGACGCACCUGCUGACACACCAGGGCACGCGGCCCCACAAGUGCCAGGUGUGCCAGAAGGCCUUCACGCAGACCAGCCACCUCAAGCGCCACAUGCUGCUGCACUCGGAGGUCAAGCCCUACAGCUGCCACUUCUGCGGCCGCGGCUUCGCCUACCCCAGCGAGCUCAAGGCCCACGAAGUGAAGCACGAGAGCGGCCGCUGCCACGUCUGCGUGGAGUGCGGCCUGGACUUCUCCACCCUGACACAGCUCAAGCGCCACCUGGCCUCCCACCAGGGCCCCACCCUCUACCAGUGCCUCGAGUGCGACAAGUCCUUCCACUACCGCAGCCAGCUGCAGAACCACAUGCUCAGGCACCAGAACGUGCGGCCCUUCGUGUGCACGGAGUGCGGCAUGGAGUUCAGCCAGAUCCACCACCUCAAGCAGCACUCCCUCACCCACAAGGGUGUGAAGGAGUUCAAGUGCGAGGUGUGUGGCCGGGAGUUCACCCUGCAGGCAAACAUGAAGCGGCACAUGCUGAUCCACACCAGCGUCCGGCCCUACCAGUGCCACAUCUGCUUCAAGACCUUCGUGCAGAAGCAGACCCUCAAGACCCACAUGAUUGUACACUCGCCGGUGAAGCCAUUCAAAUGCAAGGUGUGCGGGAAGUCCUUCAACCGCAUGUACAACCUGCUGGGCCACAUGCAUCUGCACGCAGGCAGCAAGCCCUUCAAGUGCCCCUACUGCUCCAGCAAGUUUAACCUCAAGGGCAACCUGAGCCGGCACAUGAAGGUCAAGCAUGGUGUCAUGGACAUCGGUCUGGACAGCCAAGACCCCAUGAUGGAGCUGACGGGCACUGACCCCUCUGAGCUUGACAGCCAGCAGGAGAUGGAGGACUUCGAGGAGAACGCCUAUGCCUACGCUGGUGUGGACAGCAGCGCCGAGGCCAGUGUCCUCACCGAACAGGCCAUGAAAGAGAUGGCCUACUACAACGUGCUAUAGCACAAGCCAGGCUGCCCCGACGGGGUGAGGAGGGCACGGGGCGUGGGGGUGAGACCCACAUGCUGCAGGCUGCACCUUCUGCAGCAGAGAAACAAGCUACUGCCCCACUGUCCCGAGUCCUCCCCUCCCGCCACAUCGUUUGCACCACUAGGGACUUCUAGACCAAACGGAGACUGUACUCCUGGCCUUGGCUGUGAACCCCCUACCGACCCCAGGCAUCUGGGGAAGGAAGGCUGACCGAAGGCCCAGCUCUGCCAGGUCCCCUUGGCCUGCUGCUGUGGGAGGGUGAGAGGUAUGUUGAUGGGGCCACCUGGGGCCAAGUCUCAAGGUCCCUCCAGGCCCAGCAGAGCUGGGGCAGCCAACAUGAGCAGGGGCUCCUGAGCGCUCCGCGGGGCCCUGACCCCAGAGAGCACUUGAGCCACGCCUUGUUCCUCCUUAGGACCAACUCCUGCCUAUAGGAUGGGAUGUCUGAGCUCCUGUCUAGUCAGCACUGCCCCCCAAGUCCACCCCCUACCAGCCCCUGGGCUGGGAAAAGCCCAGGCCCCAGAGAUCCCUUCCCACCCUGUCCAUGGACAGCCAGGCAGGGCCCUCUGCCUUCUACCUCCUGGUGCCGCCCACGCUGUCCUGAAGCCAGGCAUGCAUGCAGCCCCAGUCCUGGCCUUAGGAAGGUAGGGUACAGCCCAGCCCCCCGCUAGCACCCUCUCAGCCAACCCCUAGAAGGCCCUCCGUCUUACAGCCCUGCUUGGAAAUGGGUGUCCCUAAAGUGGAUUUCAACAGAUGUCAUCAGUUCUGUUUUGAACUGGGGCACCACAUCAGGGUCCCCCGACAUGAGCGAAGCUGGGACAUGCCUUGCACCAGGCCCACGCUGACAGAUGGAUGUCGGCCCCUUGAGUGAGAGGCAGGGCAAAGUAAAGGGGUCAUGGGGACCAAGAGGGACCGUCCUCAGAAGGCGAGAACCAUGUGGAUGGGGGUGUGGGGAGGGGCGCUGGAGUAUUUUCUUAACACGCAUCCAUUUUGAGGACAGGGACAGCCAAGAGUCAACAGGUUCCCGAGAAGAGCAACCUAUCUAAAAAAGCAAAGUGAAGACCAUAGAGAAAAAAAAUUAUUGAGCAAAUGGGGGUCUUCUGAAGGUAAUUUAUUGUUUUCCCCUAUCCAGUUCUGUGUCGCCUGUCUCUUUUCUGAUGGAGAUCAUUUUUCCCCAGCGGCAGCUUUCCUGUGCGCUGUGCCUCCGCAGCUUGGAGCAGCCCGGCCGGGCAGGCCUUGGGCUCCAGGGGAGAUGGCUGACUGGCCCCAGGGGUGCAGCUGCAGCAGCAGCACCUCAGGAGGCCAGGGCGGGAGGCAGGAGGGAGAGCUGGGUGGGCCCUCCACCCGCUGCCCAGCUCCUCCAGCCAGUGACCUGCUCAGCGCCACCCCCCGCACUAGCCGGGCGGCUCUCUUCUGCUCGGCCAGCAGCUGCUCCCUUGCUCGCCACUCAUCGCCUCUGUCCCCAUGCCAGCACCUGCCCCUGGAAAUGAAGACAGGCCCAGGGCAUGAAAUAGCACAUUCAGGAAUUCUAGGGCACCCAGACUUCUCCAACAGCCUCAGUGGGAGGGGCAGGCAGUGCUGUCCCCAAAGGCCCAGGAGGUGAGGUCACCAGCUUCAGCCCAGAAACCAGGCUGGAGUGGGAGUCAUCUGAAAUGCAGCUGCCCCCCCAAGGCUGCAUGUAUCCUCAGUGAGGGACCAAGCCAGGCCUCAGGGUGGCUGUGAUCGGGACUGAGGAGAGGAUAAGGGGCCCUCAGGAUUGGGCAGCCAGGUGCACCUCCCUUCUUGGCUAGAGCUCAUAUGAAGCAGCAAACGAGAGGGCUGGGGGCUCACAGGAGCCUCGCCCCAGGGCGCCCUGGCCCCCAGUGCUCGCCGUGAUGACCCUCAGGUGGCAGUGACCCGUCACUGUAGACGACAUUUUCUCCUGCUGAGCAGAAGGAUCAUGCCCUGCAAACUACCUCUUCCCACAAUGUCUUUCUCCCCUGGUACCAAAAAAGAAUCCCGUACCUCCUCCUCUCCCUGCCAGUGCUGCGGCCUUGGUCUUGGAACCCUGGGGAGAGGGUCCGGCCCCCGGGGGGGCUCUCCUUCCCUCCCCAGCCCUGCCAUCGGCACCGGUCCGAUACUUGAACACCCCACUGCCUGUGCCUUGGGCACGGGCAGAGCUGAGAAGGAGACGGCACAACUCAACUGAGCUGGGGGUGGUCUUAGCAAGGCUCCUGGCCUCACCCGUCCCCAACCUUUUCAAAAGAGGUGUGCAGCCUCUUGGGUGACUUGGAAACUCCUGGACAGAUUCCAACUUAUUCUAACUUAUUUUGACGUGUAUACAAACCAACUGUUUAGAAAUUCCACUUGUGCAAAGCCCUACUGUGUUUCUAUGUUCCUGUUUAAAAGAGUUUACUUAGCAAUAAUUAUAAAUAAAUGAAUAUUCUCUAGUGA